AUGGCUACAACUUCUGCUCGCACUUGUGGAUCCCUGCAGGGCCCCUGCGGAGUCAUGCCCAGCUGCCGGCCAAGCAGUGCUGUCUCCGUCAACUGCAGACCGGGGCAGGCUUUUCCUCGCCGAUCGAGCAUUUGCCUGACUGCUCCAGUCCCCAGCAGCUACCGAAACAGGGGCUACAUGCCGGCUACAUGCCUUCCCCCUCCUAGCAUGGGCUCUACUUGUGUCCCGCCACCCUGCAUCCCACCCCCUGCCCGCCCUCUCAGCUGCUACGCUGGAGGACACAGUGAAGGCAUCCUCAACUGCAACGAAAAGGAAACCAUGGAGUUCCUGAAUAGUCGCCUGGGCAACUACCUGGAAAGGGUGCGCUGUCUGGAGAAGGAGAAUGCGGAGCUGGAGUGCAAGAUCAAAGACUGGUACGACUGUGAGAAUGCUUAUGUGUGCACCGACUUCAAGCCUUUCUACUGCACCAUUGAUGAUCUCCAGCAGCAGAUCUGCUGUGUUAAAGCUGACAACGCAAGACUGUGUCUGGACAUCGAUAAUCUGAAGAUGGCUUCAGAUGACUACUGCACUAAGUAUGAUUAUGAACUGAGUCUGCGCCAGCGGGAUGAUGCUGACAUCAGCGAUCUUCGCAGAGUCUUGGAUGAUCUCACCCUGUGCAGGGCUGACUUGGAAGCUCAACUUGAGUCCUUGACUGAGGAGAUGAUGUGCCUGAAGAAAAACCAUGAGGAGGAGUCCUAUGCCCUUCGCUCCCAGCUUGGUGACCGCAUCAACGUGCAGGUGGAUGCUGCCCCGUCUUGCAACCUUAACAGGAUCCUGGAGGAGAUGCGACGCCAGUAUGAGGCCGACCUUGAAAAAAAUCGCCAGGAGGUUGAAGACUGGUACUCUACCCAGAUGGAAGAGCUAAACCGGGAGGUGCUCUCCAGUGGAGAACAGCUGCAGUGCUGCCAGACCGAGAUCAUCGAGACACGACGGUGUGUCCAGGCCCUGGAGAUCGACCUACAGGCUCAGCAGAGCAUGAAAGGUGCUCUGGAGUGUACUCUGCAAGAGACAGAGUCCCGCUACGGCACUCAGCUCUCCCAGCUCCAGUGCCUGAUCAGCAACGUGGAGACCCAGCUCAGCGAAAUCCGUUGCGACAUCGAGCGCCAGAACUGUGAGUACAAGACCCUCCUCGACGAAAAGGCCCGCCUGGACUGUGAGAUCGCCACUUACCGCAACAUGCUGGAAGGAGAAGACUGCAAGCUGCCCAACCGUCCCUGCAACCCGGAGUGCGGGACCGCCAUCCGUUCAUCCGUCUGCCGCCCAGUCUGUGUGCCGGAGCCAGUCUGUGCUCCUGCCCGCCCUCCGAGCUGCAAGCCAUGCGUGCCGGUGGUGGAGCCCAACCUGGCCCCGUCCUGCAUCAAUCCCGGGGGGCCCAUGUAUGCCCCGUGCGGCCCUCCGCCCUGUGUGCCCCCUCCCUGCGGCCCAUGCCGACCUCCGGUCUGCCCACCCCCUUGUAGCCCAUGCCCACCGGGCCCUCGAGUCAGCACCAAGAUCUGCCGCAUGUGA